AUGUCAGACGGCGGUAUGGACCACGCACCUCCUCCACCACCACUCCAGCUGCCCAAGGAAGCGGCGGCAUCACGAGCCAUGACGGGCGAGACGCUGGCCCGCGACGACAUCCUCUCACCAACUGUCCCGUUUGGAACCUAUCCGCCGUCCUCGUUCCAGCGCCAUGGCCCCCAGGGUCUCGACGACUACUUCACCGGUCCCCGCGACCUCGCCCGGCACUCGAAAUGGCCCGUCUUCCUGCAGAUGCACGGCAGCAUCCUGCCCAAGAUGAUCCUGCCGCUCUUCUUCGUCGGGGCCUGGGCGACGGCCGUGACCGUCAUCUCCGAGACGACGCACAGCCUGGGCGUCAACUCGGUGCUCCUCACCAUCACCGGUUUCGUCGUCGGUCUGGGCCUCUCCUUCCGCAGCUCGACGGCGUACGAGCGCUACCAGGAGGGCCGCAAGUACUGGACCGCCCUCAUCACCUCGUCGCAGACGCUGGGACGCAUCUUCUGGAUCCACGCCAAGGACCGGCCCGACCAGGACCCCCGCGUCACCAUCCUCGGCAAGAUCAGCGCCAUGAACCUGCUCGUCGCCUUUGCCGUCUCCCUCAAGCACACGCUGCGCUUCGAGCCCUACACCGACUACGACGACCUCGAGCAUCUCAUCGGCCAUCUCGACACCUUUGCCAAGGCCGCCACCCAAGACGUCGGCGGAAGCAAUGCAAAGGCCACGCGCAAAAACAUGUUCAAGGCUGUCGGCGAAUAUCUCGGCGUGUCCUUUGCCGCCAGCAACCCGCGCAAGACGCUCAAGCGCGCCACGAAACCCCUCGGCAACCUGCCCCUGGAAAUCAUGAGCCACCUCGCCCAAGCCAUCGACGAGCUCAUCGCCAACCAGCAGCUGCCCGUGCCCAUGCAGCAGACGCUGGCGUACAACAACCUCAACACGCUGGGCGACGUCCUGGCCGGCUGCGAGCGCAUCCUCAACACGCCGCUGCCCAUUGCCUACAGCAUUGCCAUUAGCCAAAUCACCUGGGUCUACGUCAUGCUGCUGCCCUUUCAGCUCGUCAAUCUCUUGCACUACGUCGCCAUUCCCGCCACCAUGGCCGCCGCGUAUAUUAUUCUCGGCCUGCUGCUCAUUGGUCGCGAGAUUGAGAACCCGUUUGGCCAGGACGUCAACGAUCUGCCGCUCGAGUGCUUCUGCGAACAGAUUUCGAGCGAGCUCGACAUCAUCGCCUCGUUUGACAAGAAGCCAACCGCAAAUGUCUUCAAUACCGAUAGCAACUUUCCCCUCUAUCCCGUCAGCAUGGCACCAGCCAGCAUCUGGGCCCAGCGCAGCGAGCAGAAGCUGCGCCACACAAUCCGGUCAAAGCCAAAUGUGACUUUUGACUGGAAAAACUCGCGGACGGCGCGAAAGGAAGUCGGCGAUAAAAAUGUUUAA